AUGAGUCGUUGGGAUGCAUUACCAGGUAGUAAUAAUCAAAAUUAUGUUAUUUUAGGAGAUAUAUCAACAACAUCUCCUUCACCAACAACAACUGUUAAUAUUAAACAAUUUAUGGGAGAACAAAUACAUUCUUCAUAUUCUGCAUACGAUAACCAAUGGAUUUGUCAAUACAAAAAUUUGAUUUCUGACUCACCAAUAUCUUAUCUUUGUGAAGUUGGAUGUUGUCAAAAUGGUUGUUGUACGGCAAGUGAAAUUAUAGAAUCAUCCACAACUGGAUAUGCUUUGGGAUUAUUAAUAAUAUUUAUUUUCGUUAUAAUUGCAGCAUUAAUAUUAAUUUUGUCCUUAUUUCUAUACAAUAGAUAUACUGAUAGACAAAUGAAAAAAAAAUAUCCUGAACAAAGUUUACCAAGUUCAAAUUCAUCUCAAAUAAGUGCACCAUCAUCUUCUUCUUACUAUGGACAUGAAACAAUUUAUCCUACUUAUCAACAAAAAAUGAAAAAUCAUUAUUAA